AUGGCAGAUUCCAACGAUAUCCCAUCACAGCCCAUAGACAUGUCUGUUCCCAUUCGUCGCGUCAUCACCGCGCACGACUCCAAAGGCAAAGCCCACUUCGCCUCAGACGAGCUCCUCUACCCCUACGACCCAACCACCGCUCCGCGCUUCGAAGCACCAGGCCCAACCUCGGGCUUCGGCGCGAUUCAGAUCCACCGAUCCCGCGGCUUCCCCGUCGACAACAUGCGCCCUAUCAAGGAUCCCCACCGGACUCUUGUUCCUCUUGCCGAUACCAAAGGUCCCUCGUGCCGGAUCAUUGAUCUACCUCCCGCUGAAGCCGGAUGGAUGCAUCGUACGCUGUCCUUGGAUUAUGUCGUUGUGCUUUCUGGGACGGUGGGGUUCCGGACUGACGGCGGGGAGGAAAAGGUGCUGAAGGAGCACGAUGUGAUUGUCGUCCGCGGGACGAAUCAUGAGUGGAUCAACCGGGGGAAUACAUUGGCAAGGCUGUUUGCCGUUGUGGUGCCGAGCAAGGAGAUUGUGACUGAGGAUGGGGUGAGGUUGGAGAAGACGCCGGCUGGGGAGAUCUAUGAUCCUCCAGAGGAGGAGGAUUGA